AUGUUGCCUUACCCAGAAAGGGAGGAGGUAGAUGGGUUUGACGAUUUCGAUUUUUUCACAAUUCAUCAGAUUCAACAGCUCCCUGUCAAAUCCGAAACUAUAGCCCGCGAAACUAGAAAAGACUUGCAUCUCGGCCGAAUUAUUCAACUUUUAGAAACAGGCCAAAACUUGGCCCAACAUGGUCUCAAAGCGCCAGAGGUUAAGUGGCUUGAAGUAAGACCUACGACUUCCACGACAGCCACCGCCACAAUUACAAUCCUGGACGAUUUAUUCACGGCAUACGGUGUGCCAGUUACGGUAGUGUCAGACAAUGGUAGGCAGUUCAUCGCAGAUGAUUUUAAAAGCUUCCUACGAAAUAGUGGCGUGAAGUAUCACAAACUGUCGGCACCUUACCAUCCCUCUACAAACGGGCAAGCAGAACGCUACGUUCAAACUGUGAAGGAUGCGCUUUACGCAAUGAAAACAACUAAAGAAACGCUCCGGAGCAACCUAAACGAGUUCCUUCGUCAAUACCGGAAGGCUCCACAUUCGGUUACGAUGCUUCCACCGGCCCGACUUUUCCUAGGGCGAGACCUACGAACUCGUCUUGACCUGACAAGACCUGACGAUGUCCAGACAAGAGUCACCCAAAAACAUCAAGCAAACAUGAGCUCUACCUUCCGCAUACUAAACGUUGGACAAGAUGUGUACUUCUUAUCUGGAAACAAAAACAUGGACAAAUGGCUCCCAGGAGUUAUUACUGCUCGCCUCGGAGAUCUUCACUAUGAAAUUAAACAUGGGGAUAAAACGGUGAAACGUCAUAUCGACCAAAUUAGAAUAUUCGCAGAAAAUAUCAAAGAAACAGGUGUCGACCAACAACGAAAAACAACGCCUGAAGAGCCCAUAUUGCGACGUAUUCGUUUUCAUGGCCAACAAAGGAACUCGCCAGCGGCCGCCGAGCCCACUCUGGGAACAGCUACCCCAGUUCUAUCACCAGCGCAGGAAACUGCCAGAGCCGACGCGACUAAAAGAGACCAGGUGACACCGGUAGCUCCAAGAAGGUCGGAACGGACACGACGCGCUCCUCUCCGAUUUACACCAGUUCACAAUUUGUUUAAUUAG